AUGAAAAUCAGGACGCCUUUGUUGCACUUCUGUUCAGCUCACUUGUUCCUCACUCUCACCGUCUUUCCUCCCCCUCACACCCGCACUUCUUCCCCCCAGGUGCUCGAAUGCCCACCAGGAAUGUACAACCUUACAGCACCGAACAGCACCGCUGUGCUUGCGUCGCUGUACCACAUCGGGGCGGGAUUGCCGCCCAACACGUUCUUCCUGGACGCCAUUGGCCGCUCGUGGCUGCCUGACACGCCAUACCUUGCCGCCCCUUCGCCCGCCAACACAAUUAUCAUUGACACCACCGUUGCGCCCUACCGCACGCUCAUCUCUGUGGAGAGCACAGACAACGCCAACAUGCCACCAGAUGCCAUCUUCACUAAAUGGAGGACAACUGUGAACGGGCACGAGACGGAGCCCCAGGCCAAGUUCAAGGCGCACACGCUGCAGUAUGUCUUCCCUGUGCCGCCCUCCACGCCCCUUGCCGUCUUCCUCGGCUUCCAAGACGGGCUCUUGGAUAUUCAGGGAGCUCGUUUCCUGCAAGUGUUUGUUGACGGCCGACUGGCUCUGAAGCCCUUUGAUACCUUCGCUCCACCCGCCACCUAUGUUUCCAAGGAUCUUCACGUCACCAGCAACGCCUCUGGUUUCCUCACAAUCGAGAUCGCCAAUGCCAACUACACUGGCUUCACAUGGGACGCGUUUGUGAACUCAGUGGAGGUGUUUCACGUGCUGCAGUGGGAGGAGGGGCGCGAGGAGGCAUUUAAGGCCACGGUGCAGGCGGCACAGCAGCAGCCCGACGAAACUGUGGUCGUGCAGUCAGUCUGGCGGGGUAUCCUGUUGGGAGUGGUGUCAGCAGUGAUGGUGUUGGCUGGCGCCCUGGCAGUGCUGCUAGGCUUGAGAUGGCUCAAAGAGCGCAGAGCAGCAGCAGCAGCAGCGGCUCAAGCAGAAAAGGAGAAGCUCCUCGGCGCCCGACCCCGCAGCCGCUUCAACCGCCGAGCCAACGCCACAGGCUCGGUGUCGUACAUGGGCAGCAGCUUUGGCGGCGGGAUGAACGGCAGCAGCGGGGGGGGCAGUGGGGUUGGCGGCGGCGCAGGGAGCAUGGCGAUAUCCGCGUUUGGAGCGCACUGCUUCACGUGGGAGGAGAUGCGGGAGGCAACUAACGACUUUGCACCCGCCAAUGUCAUUGGCAAGGGAGGGUUCGGACAGGUGUUCCGCGGGCAGCUGGAGAGCGGGCACAUGGUGGCGGUGAAGCGGCUGGACGUGGGGUCGGACCAGGGCGAGAAGGAGUUUGUCACCGAGGUCGAGCUGCUCACCCGCCUGCACCACCGCCACCUCGUGUCGCUUAUCGGCUUCUGUGAGGAGGACGACCAGCGCCUCAUGCUGGUUUACGAAUACGUGCCCAACGGGACGCUCAGGCAUGCGCUGCAUGAUGCUGACAAGGCUCGGGAAAUGACAUGGAACCUUCGUCUCAGAGUGGCCUUGGGAGCAGCCAGAGGAAUCGAGUACCUGCACCGCGGCGCCCUGCCACCUGUCAUCCACCGCGACAUCAAGACGACCAACAUUCUGCUGGACUAUCAGAUGAACGCCAAGGUGGCGGACUUUGGGCUGUCCCGCCUGGCGCAGCAGGCUGUCAGCGGCACACACCUGGACCUCAUCAGCACCAACGUCAAGGGCACUAUGGGCUACCUGGACCCGAACUACUACACGAAGCAGCAGCUGACGGAGAAGAGCGACGUGUACAGCUUCGGAGUUAUCCUGCUGGAGCUCAUCUCCGGCAAGGAUGACGAUGGGGAUAGGCUCAUGAACCUCGUUGAAUGGGCAUCGCCGCGCAUAGAGGCGGGGCGGGUGGACGUGGUGGCAGCGAGGGAGCUGCAGGAGGCGUCAGAGACAGUGCUGCAGUCCAUGCAGGCUGUGGGGGAGCUCGCCCUCGCAUGCCUUGAGAUGCAGGCGCGCAACCGCCCCACCAUGUCGCAAGUCGUGCGCCAGCUCGAAGAAAUCCAGCUGGCACUCGCAGAAGAAGACGAGGACGCCGCCCAGAUGCUGCCCCUCUCCACUGCCUCCUCCUCAGCGGCAGCAUCAACCAACCUGGGGAACUCCCUGAUCGCAUCUGGCAUCCCUCCGCCUCUCCCUCUGCCCACUGUGGACGAGGAUGCCUCAGCUGACUUCUCCCACCCCAGCGCCGCCAGCAACAGCAACGUGUCUGCUUCCAACCGUGCCUCUCCUCGCAUCUCCCCUCGCAGUCCCGGCAAUGGGGUUGAUGGUGCGGGUUCUGGAAGCUUCACCUCCCCACGCGGCACCCACAAGCCAGAAGGGAGUGCUGCUGCUGGUUUAGGUUCGGGUGCAAUCAAGUCUCCUCGUGUUCUCAUCGCCUCGCCUCGCUCCCCUACCCCGCUCAAUCGAACCUCCUCCCUCCCCUCGCCUUCGUCCUCCCAACCCCCCGCCCUCCCCAAAACGGCCCUCUCUCCCUCGUCCAAGCCUGCUGCCUGGGCCAACCAGUGCUGGCCACGUGGCACUGGGAGCAGGCCCGGCAGCAGCAGCAGCAAGGGCAAGGAGAAGGGUGGCGGUGCUUCUGGGGAGAAUGCAGUGAAAGAAGAAUUGACCGAGUGCAAGGGGGAGUUAGGAGCAGUGAAGACGGAAUUGACCGAGUGUAAGAGGGGAUUGGCAGCAGUGGAAGAGGAAAUGGCCGAGUGUAAGAGGGAGUUGGAGGAGGAGAGAAAUGAGGCGGAGGAGCUGAGGCGGGAACUCGUUGGUGCUCGUGAGGAGGUUGAAGCAGUGAAAAAGGAGUUGGGAGCAGCAGUGCAGGGACGGCAGCAGAUGGAGGACCUGAGGUUGAAUGUGGAGCAGAGGUUCCAGCAGAGCAUGGGGAAUAGCAGGACGAUGUGGCAGAGAAUCAAGUUAGCAUCCCAAGAGACCAACCUGGAUCUGGGGAACCUCACCUGCCUCUCAGACGCCAUCCUAGGCCACGCUUCCACCAUGGCUCACCUCAAGAGCCUCCAACUGCGUCAGUCUUCUGGCUUCAACGCAGCAGCAGUCAAUUUCCUCUUCAGGCUGCCUCUACUGGAGAGUCUGGAUGUCUGUCGGACGGUUGUUGACGACAGUUCCUUGGUGGAGAUUGGGGCAGUGAGGUGGCUAGCGCAUCUUGAUGUGAGCUACACCAGGGUGACAGACACGGGACUGCGGCACCUGACGAGCCUUUCUCGCCUCAAGUCCUUGUACAUUGCUGCCUGUAAGUCGGUGACGUCUGCUGGCAUGGUGCAUGUGGGGAGGCUGACUGGGCUUGAGGUGCUGUACAUGUGGGAGACGAAUGUGAAGGACGAUGGGCUGCUGCUGCACCUGAGUGGCUUGAAAUCCCUUUGGUGCUUGCAACUGAGUGGCUGCUGGGGCGUCACCUCUCAUGGCAUGGAAGCUGUGGAAAAGAUGGCCUCCCUCAAGAGCCUGUUUCUGGGUGGGAGCAAUGUGGAGGCCGAUGGGCUCCAGCAUUUGUCCUCGCGCAAAUUGACAACGCGUGAGCUGCCAUCUGCACUGAGCACUGAUGCUGGUAUGGAGCUUGUCACGCAGCUGACUUCCUUGGAAAACAUUGGGCUGGUGAAAGCGACUGUGACUGAAAAGGGCCUGGUGAGCUUGAAGAAAUUGCCACGCCUGAAGGCGGUCGUCGCCCUGCCGUGGAGACUGCCGGUGCAUUCCAUUCUCCCUGGAGUGCGCGUGGCAGAUCGUUUGAUAGUCUGA